AUGUCUCUGUGUUCUUCCGUAUUCUUUUUCUUCUUCAAAAGCUCCGCAACGCUAAAGCCAAACACACAAACAAGGAGAAAUGAAACGGGUUCUCUGUUUUCUGCUCACCUCCGCCUUUCUUUUGGCUCUCUUGGAAGCCACGGAAUUGCUGCCCGAAUCCGCUGAAUCCUUCAAUUUAACCUAUAUUCAGCAACUCGGGAGUUGUUCUUAUUCGGUCGUUAUAUCAACUAGCUGUUCUUCGCCUACAUACACAAGGGAUCAGAUCAGCGUUUCUUUCGGCGAUGCUUAUGGCAACCAGAUUUAUGUGCCUAGGAUUGAUGAUCCAUCCAGAAGGAUAUUUGAAAGAUGUUCCUCUGAUACAUUUAGCGUAAGUGGACCUUGUGCUUACCAAUUAUGCUAUGUCUAUCUUUAUCGCUCUGGACCGGAUGCCUGGAUCCCAACAACGGUGAAAAUCUCUGGUCCUAAUUCUCGACCUGUCACGUUUAACUACAACACUGCCAUACCGAACGACGUAUGGUUCGGGUUUAACUUGUGUGGUCAUGCUUCAUCUUCAAACCGUAUUUCAAGUUGCAUAUGGUUCUUAUACGUUAGUUUCGUGUCUAUUCUUCUGCUUUUUUUGUAAUUUUAAUGUAUGUCAAAAUGCUAUUCAUGUUCUUUUCUUGUGAAGAACACAUUUUGAUGUAGCACUCUUGUAGCAUAGAGAACAUGAGUAUCUCACUAUAAAGCAGCAUCAGGAGUGUACUUAUGUAUAUUUAGUGAUUAUACACAGGCAGAGGCAAUUCUUGGUGAUUGAGCCUCUCGACUUGGGAUAAGCUUUUCGAUGUCUUGUUAUGGAACUCAGAAACAGAGGAUUUUUCUGUUUUUAUUUACCUUUUAGAUGUGUUGGCCUUUGAUUCAUGU